AUGGGUGCCUCAUCAUUAUCAUGGCAGGCUGUAAGCGACAUCUUUGCGCUCAUCAAGGAAGCCACCGCCGACACGCAAGCUGGCUUGCCAUGUGCCGGUGUUGUCAUUGUCGGUGACGGCCAAAAUGUAGCUCAAGAGCUCUUCCACGACGUCGACGAGAGUAAAGAUAUCUACUGGCUGGCCUCAUGCACUAAGCUUGUCACAUCUAUAGCAUGUCUGCAGCUCGUCGAGAAGGGUCUUCUGUCGCUCGACGACGCCGAUCAGAUUAAGCGACUCUGUCCCGAGCUGAAGAACAUUAAAAUUGCGACGGAAGACGGCCGCCUGGUGGACAAAAUGACCCGAAUUACCUUGCGAUCGCUUCUAACGCAUACAUCCGGGUUUGGGUAUUCGUUUCUCAGCCCCGCAUUGGAAAAGUACACCUCGGACAGGCGCAGGGCCCCAUUCGAUGAGUUCUCUGGCUCAGAGACGGAAAUGCAUCAGCCGUUGGUUAAUCAACCUGGAAUGACUUUCCAGUAUAGUAUCUCCCACGAUUGGGCUGGGAUACUCGUUCAGCGGACAACAAGCCUUGGACUGAACGAAUACAUGCAGAGGACCAUUUUCAAGCCUUUGGGAAUUACACGUUUGACAAUGUUUCCCGACGAGAAGCUCCAGUCCCACCUCGCCGGCCUAUGGCAGCGCGACGAGGCCGGCCAGCUCAGUCCACGCCCAUUCCCUCUAUCCAGGGCACUCGACGCGGAUCGUCGAAAGGGGAUGUAUAAUAGUGGUGGUGCAGGCUUAUACGGUAGCCUCCGAGAGUUCUCGAAAAUCCUCGUCGCGUUGCUCAACAACGGCACAUCGCCCACGACCAACGAACAAAUUCUCUUGCCAUCCACAGUGAAGGACCUGUUCACAAACCAACUGCCGGAGCAGCCAGACUUAGCUCGCCAACCCCUGCCUACGUGCAAGUCGGACCUCGUGUACCCUGCCCCGGGAUUGUAUCCGCUGUGUCCGCCGACCAAGCCUCAGGGCUGGGGCCUUGGCGCUCUGUUAUCACCAAGUGUCACUGGCCGUUCCGACAGUACCGCUCACUGGGCCGGACUCUCAAAUGUCUUCUGGUGGUGUGAUUGGGAAAGGGGGGUGGCUGGCUUGGUGGGAUCUCAGGUUCUGCCCUUUGCAGACCCCAAGGCGGUCGAACUCUGGGUCAAGGUUGAGACUAAGGUGUAUGAGGGGAUCAAGAAGAAAUAA